AUGGACUUCUUAUCCCGACUACCCGAUCUCGCAUUGGUCAACAUCCUUGGCCAUAUGAAUUCUGAAAGAGACAUCUUUCAUCUGAUAAGCGCAUCACCCAAGUCUCUCAGGAUCUAUAUCCGUUACCGACAUACAAUCGCACGCCAAAGACUCUCCAUGAUGCUCCAUCUCGAUGUCGAUGGCUCCAUACUCCAAGACGCUCAGGCCAUCAUCAACUUUCCCAUCAUCCUCGGAGACUCAUCCAACCUUCGUCGCGAUGUGCACCGAUGUCUCGACACUUGGAAUGCGCGGGGAUUUCCCAAUCCACUGAUACGGCAGUCCAACCCAGAAAGUGUAACUCUGGUUCAUCACUUCUUUGCUCGACUGAUCUUCUUUAUCGAGGAUUAUAUCUCCAAAGCCUCCGACCCCUUUCCCACGCGAGCUUACAUGACACUCCCAACGAUGAGCCGCCUUGCCCCCACCAUGCGAUUCAAAAGUCAGGAGAUUGACGACAUAGAGCAUGUAUCUUUUGCCGAUUUAGACCCGUCAGUUCAACGUCGUCUCUUGCAGGCAUUCAUAAGGUUUGAGUUUCGUUGCAAAAUUUACCAUCCAUAUGUGUGGCAUCUACUGAAAGGGACCGCGUAUGAGGACAUGAUUUUCAACACCAACAAAAGUCUCUCCAUGGAAGAGCACGAGGAGAUAUACUGUGUCAGCGAAUAUCUCAGAGGGAUGUACAGCGCCAUAAUCGCUCAUUCCGAUGACCAUAUCUGGUUUCCGGGUCGACCAUCACCUACGACUGACCAUGGACUACUUUUCCCAGACACUUAUUAUAUAGAAUUAACUACAUUUUUGUCUGAUGCCGACUUGGACUUGCUCACCUGGAAGCCAAUGCCAAGCCUCGGUCUUGACCCUCUCAGCGCGCUGCUUCAAUAUCUUGACUCGCAUAGCAGUUCGAGACAUGACAUCAGAGGCCGGGUUGAGAAUAUUUCGGACUAUCAACCUUACAGUGUCUGGACGGCAACCAGCCAGUUCAUUCAGCAACACCGCCUUUAUUUUGUUUCGACACAAGUUCGUAGAUUGGCCGCCGCCACCGAGUCCUCGGACAAUCCCAUGCAAUGGAGAUCUCACUCACUAGAUGACUUUGACCGACAGAUAAAUCUGCAAAUCUACGCAACAGUCAUGUACCGUCAACGAGCCGGGAUAUUCUUCACAGGUUCAGUUGGGCGUCAACCAAAUCUGCCAUCCUGGGACGAGUUCAUUCGGGAGGAAGAGCGGGUAAACCACAUUAUGGGCCUGGAGGAACGCCGGCAAAGGCGAAGGUGUCAUAAAUGGCGGGACGACUGGGCAGGGCGGAGAUUGAAUCGUCCCUCCGAGGACGAUUCUAGCAUCAACCAAGAAAAUGAGGAGGGUUAUGAUGAUGAGAAAAAUGGUGUGCAAACGACUCUCCUUGAUGACCUGCAAACCCGGUUUUUCAAGCCACCGAGUACCUAG